AUGGAUGCGCAGAUGACAAGGCUUGAAGACAGUCUCAGUCGUCUUGAGGGAAGUCAGAGGAAUCAGAAAGGAAUUCCGGCUGAGCUGAAGAUGGUUUUAGACAGGCUUGGCAGGAUGGUUGGUUCUCUAGAAGAGCAUAGUCGCCGAGCUCCUUCCGUCAACACUCAUUUCAGAGAAAAUGGAGGAUCGAAGCUGAUAGAGAGCAUUGGAAAGCCAAUAACGACAACGAGAUCAUCAUCAGAAGUUGAGACUUCAACCCUAGCAACGAGCUCAGCGAUGUUAGGUGACAAAAUAGGGGAGGAGGUACGGAAGGGCGGUGUGAAGACUAUAACCCCAUCCAUCGUUAUCCAUGUAGCUCGACCCCUGGUCCCUGUUCUCUUCCCUCUCACUCUCUCACUUAAAUCGAGCCUGUCCAUACCCAGCCCAGGUCCGUCUCAAUUGUUCAACCUCUGGUCAUCAUUUUCGUUGGCGGCAACCAUAACCCGACCCAUCUCACCAUGCCACCUGAAAUCCAUCUCUGUCCACUCUCCAGUUUUACAGAUCCCUGUUCUUUCUCUUCUUCCAUGGCUCCCUAGUGACAACCAUGAGUUCUGGUUCAUUGUUGGAGUUAGGCCCGGUGGUCACAGAACCUUCGACCACGAAGAUCACAUUGGACGUGUGCUUGUUUCCACCAAGUUACGAUGUUGGCAAAUUCUUUCGGUCAUUGACAGUGAUGCCAAAAUAGCUAAGGCAGACUCAAUGAUUUGGGUGGAUGUUGUUGUUGUGAGUAUGUUCAGGCAAUUUGGAGUUGGAUUAAUUAGUGCUCGUCCUGUUGCUACAAAGAAGAGAUUUGUCAUUGUCAUCAGUGUCCCAGCCUCAGCUACACUCUCACCGAAGAAGAUGAAAUAUGAAGAUUUCUGCCGUAGUGCUUCUGUAUGUACGGAGAAAAUAGGCCCAAGGUGUCGACGAUUUUUCAGCUCUUCAAAUUUUAUGAAGCUUGAGAAAGAUGAGUCUGGAAGAAUUUCCAUCCUGCCAUUUUACCUUUUUGUGAUGCGCACAGYUUCCCUCACUAAGGCGAGAAUUGAUAUGAGCGAGCUUGAUGAGGAUUCUGAUGGUUUCCUUCACUCUCAUGAAAUGGAGGCCUACAUUAGAGGUUUUAUCCCUAAUCUGGCACAACUACGAGGUAGACCUGCAGCUUUUAUUCAAAAGAACUGCCGCAUUGCUGCAUGCAAAUUUUUCUUCUUCUGUGAUCCUCACAGGCGAGGUAAAGCAUGCAUAAAGAAGGCACUACUUAGUAACUGCCUCCAGGAACUCAUGGAACUGCACCAAGAAAGUGAGGAAGAAGUCACUGAUACUGAACAAGCUGAAAACCGGUUCUCAUCCGCACAACGGAUAUGUGAUAUGUUUCUUUCUCUAGACAAAGUUUUGAAUGGGACAUUGAGCAAGCAGGAGCUUCGAGAAUAUGCAGAUGGUACAUUGACAGAAAUAUUCAUGGAGCGGGCAUUUGAUAAACAUGUUCGGUGUGGCAAAAUUGGUGGUGGUGGUGAUAAUGCACAGGAGAUGGAUUUUGAAAGUUUCCUUGACUUUGUUUUGGUCCUAGAAAACAAAGAUACACCGGGAGGAUUGGCAUAUUUGUCUCGGUGUCUUAAUCUCCAUGGAAGAGGGUACCUUACAACAACAGAUAUCCACACACUUUUCAGAGAUGUACGUCAAAAAUGGAUCAAGGGAGGGAACUACGAGCUGCGCAUUGAGGACGUAAGAGAUGAGAUAUCGAGAUAA